UUGGAAAGUGUGCACUUGCUCCGCCAACUACAUCAACAAUCGAAUGGCUUUAAUUCUUGAUUCCGUGACUACCUUUACAGGUAUAACAUUUGCCAAAGCACUAUUGCCUACUCAGAAGUUAAUAGGGAACAAAUCAAUAGAUUACAGAAGAAGCUGGCUGGUUUUUGAAAAGAUUUCUAGAACACGGCCUCGGCAUUUCGUUCGAGAAGGUUAUGGUGCCAAAUAUGCUAUUUCAGUAGGAAGAGGAAACCACGAGCUUAGUUUACAUAAUGAUGUCAAGGAACCCUUUUGGUUAGCACCUACAAAGGGCUUUAUCAGUGGUGUAAAAUCUUUGUUUGCCUUCCUUGCGGAGCAGCCUAGCCAGCUGAAGUACAUAGAGUGGCCAGGUUUCCAGAAUACGGUGAAGACUGCAUGCCUGACUCUUGUUCUUGUGGCAAUGCUUAUUGUUGUGUUAUCCUCUGUUGAUUCUGGCCUUUGGUAUCUGCUUGUCAAGAUUCUAAGGAAACCUGCAUGAUAUUGAUUCUAUUACCAAACCAAAGCACAUACACUAGCUGCAGUUGGUAAUGGUGCUGCUGCUGCUGAUGAUGAUGAAUUUUGUUGGCCAUUGUGUCUUUGUAUUCUCCAAUAUAAGUUGAGAUAUUUAUAGAAUGAAGGUAGGAAUGAUAUUUGUUUAUUGACAUAAAGAUUGGUUUAUAUUUUGUUUCUUGUAAAAGAUACAAGUACACAUUCGAUGAUAUUCUUGAUGACGGUGGAUAACCAAGGACGCGUUUUGAAAC